AUGUCCGUGCUGAAGUAUUUUAAAAUCCUAAACUUCAAUCGAGAAGAUAAGAUCAAAAGCGAGCAUUGUUUGAUUGGAAAUCGGCCGCGCGCAGUCGGUUUGGGUAAACCCAGACGGCUUGUUAAACACACUCGCCUACGCGUGUUCUCCUUAGAAUGCAGAAGGAAAGACGAACUCACUAAUCUGCGCGCCCAAUCCGCCGUCAUCACCGAAUUUCCGGUGAGCAUCGACUUUUUAUGACCAUAAUGUCUGUAUUAUCCGGAUUUUCACGACAGAGUCGAAGGUUGCAAUUGAAAAUGACAGUUUAUUAGUGCGAUCACGUUGUGUAAACAUUCCGAUGCGCAACUUCAUAAUUUACCUCACUGUUUCAGGCGGCAAACGGAUCCUCAACAUGAGCAACUGCUCACAGUGCAAAAUGGUGAUUUUUUAGUUUUUUUUUAAACUAAUGCGUGUGGUUUCAUUUGAAAAACGUUAGAAUAUUGAUGUGAUCCUCAAAGGAAUCUCAACCGAAAAAUAAAUUUUCUUUGGCGUGGCUCAUUGAGAAUUAAGUAAAAUGCUCUGAACGAUUGAAGUUAUGAAAAAGCCAUUUUUCUGAGUUUCAAAGACUUUCCUCUAGAAGAUCAACGCCAAAAAUUGACAAUUUAUGAAAAAGCCAAAAAAUCUAUUUUUUUCUUGACAAUUUUUUUCUAAAGAAUAUUAAAGAUUAAGAAGGUACUUGGCUGAUAUUUUUCCUGGAAUCAAAUGGCUUUUAAAAAAGUUUCAGCUUUUUCUUUUCAAACUGAAACUUUCGUUAUCGGGUUUGCUGUAUAAAAAAGUGAGAAAGAGAAAAUUUCUUAAGUUCCAAAAUUUUGGUUUCCAUGCUCAAAAUCUUUCGAAAUAUCCCAGUGGUUCUUCUGAGUUUGAAUUCCCACGAUCCAAAAAACGAACACUGGUUUGUUAUUCAUCUUCCCUGCACUUUUAUACAGUCCCCCUUGUUUUUUAUCACUCCAGUCGCUGACAAAAUUGCCAUUUACAGCCAUUCGCAAAGCCAUCGCCUACCGGUUCAUAUUGCGAACUGUUUCAAGUGUCAGUUAUUCGUAGUCAAAACUUUGAGCGCACAGUGCCUUGGAUUAUGCAAAACGUGUACAUUUUGGCCAUUUUCCCGCCUGACUCCAUUUGACUCUCGCUGUACAUUUCCUAUCCCCCCUGACUCCUAAAUAAUAAGCGUCAUUUCCUCGUAAGUUCUUCUUUUUUUGUGGGAACAGCUGUAAAGGAGGAAGAGAGGCUUUCAAAUUUAAAGUGUGAUCGAUCAUCUGCCUUGAUAAGCUUCAUUAUGGCAUCAGUGAAACGGCGAACAAGUUUUAUUUUCUUCACUUUCUUGUACAAUCCCUUGCCCUGAUGCGAGUGGUUGAAAAUUCGCUAGAUGUUAGGCUACUCGAGGAGGAUGAAUACCAGGUAAAUUAAAAAAUUUUUGCUGUUUCAAAUUUUUUCUUUUUUAGAGAGUUUUUCGCUUUUUUUUUCUGUAACCAUUAUUUGAUAGUAAUCUUCGGUCUUGUUAUCUUUUUUUGAUUUGAAAGUUUUUUUUAAACAUUAUUUCCGGAAAGUUUCGAAAUUUCCAGACACUUAGAUCAUUCGAAAACCGUGUAAGAAAUGCGGCCCAUUCAGUUUUGAAGAUGGAUUGGUCUUCUAGGAAAAAAAUUAUUCGCCUUCUUCUUUGUUUUUGGAAAUUCUUUGAACUUCCGAAGCGCCGCCUUUUUAAAGAGUGUUUCUCUAACAUGAACAACGAAAAAAAGCCUAUCGAACGACUUUUUUAAUUAAUUUUUCUUAAUUUUCAGAAAAGAUCUAUUUUCCGAUUUCAUUUUCUCAACUCUUUUCUUCUUUUUACUCACUUCGCAGCCUAUACUUUAAGCCUCAUUGCUUGUCAGCUGUUUGGCUUCCUACUUAUCUCAACGGAGAAAAGUAGGAAACUCAUGCAUUGAUUGCUGAGUAGCCACUUGAGGGGCAAAAAGAAACACAGAUAUUUUUGGAGGAGAAAGAAGCUUCUCGUGGGAUUUUUGUUGAUUUCAUCAUUUUCACUGUUUGGCUUCUUCCAAUUGUGGUUGUUCUUCGAAUCUAUUUAUUAAAUAUUAGAUGAGAAGAGAAGUGAGUUAUAUAUUUAUUAUUUUGCUCUAGAUGGAAUUUAUUUAAGCUUUAAAAAAAUUGAGUUUAAAGCUCCUUAUAGACUAGCUUGGGAAUAAUAAAAAAAUGAAAAAGAGUUUUCAAAAAGCUUUCAGUGAAAGUUCUGUUCCAAGUUUUUGGUUUGAGAACAAGAUUGAAGUUUUAUUCUUUAGCUUGAUAAAUAGAAUAAUUUCCAACAGCAAAAAAAUAAAAAGCAAACAAUUUUUCAUUUUUUUGUGGAAAAGUCCGUUCAAAAAAAUAUUUUUAUUUUUUUGCGGUUUCAUCUGAGAAAAAAAUAGAACAGAAAUGAAACAUUCUCGAAGAGAGUUGUGGCUGAAAGUAAGCAUAUCGAUCUUGCGCGUAAAACUUUUUUUCUGCUUUUUUUUCCGGGGCUGUUCGUCUCGUGUCACACGCCGAGUUUGCUCGUUUGCCUCUUGGCGAACGGUCGGCUGCCUCAUUUGCUAUUAAUCCGGAACUUUUGUCGCGCGCCCUCUAAUCGUUUUGGACUCGCCUUUCUGCUCCGCGCGUCAUGCACCCAACUCAUUUUUCCGCCGUCGAUCAUCUCCCCGAUUCAUCUUUGGCACCUUGGGGUGAAUUCCCACCUGUCGAGAGGGUCGGUUUUUCGAAAAGUCUGUUUUGCACUUGUUUUUUUUUUCUCUUAGGCCGAGAUUUGGAAGUUUAUGCCUAAAAGUGAGCUUGAUAUCAGCUACCGGAAAAAAAUUUGCUUUUGCAUUUAUUUUUUCAAGCUUCGAGGUUGAAAGGUUAAGACGAAAUACGAGUUAAGAGAUCACUCUGAAUCGGUUUUUUCGAAUAACCUGCUUUUGCAUUUUUCAUAGAGCUCAAAAGAUGAAAACCACAUUUUCGAGCCAAUGAAUGAACUGAAAAUAUAAAUUUGAAAUAUACUCCAUUCAAGGAAAAAAUGAAAAAUUCUUACCGCCUGUGUUCUCCUAUUCUCUGUGCUACAGUUCCUCGAACUAUUGCCUUUUCUAAGAUGUUUUGCUCAGUUUGAAGACAGAAAAUGAGGGCUCAGACGCUUGAACUGCUUCAAGUUGUGGCGAAUGGAGUAAGUUAGCCCUGGAGAGAAGGAAGUUUCGAGAAUUUUUCACUAUUUGAUUUAUAUCUCGACUUUUUUUGCCAGUUAUAUUUCUUGGUAUUUUUGUUCUGUUCGGGGGCAGAGUCAAAAAAUUCUGAUUAAACCAACUAAUUGGCGUUGAAAGUUUAAUUAUCUCGACCAAAGUCCAUAAACCUUCUAUGAAUCUCAAAAAGACGAGCAGAAAAAGUAGCCGCGAAAAAUGAUCCUCAUGAGAAUUCUCAGCAUCUUCCUCAAUGGCACAUUCUUCUGAAGACCAAUGUUCCAAAAAAAAACUUUAGAGUAAGGCCUAGUAAAAAAACCAGAACAAGGUCUUACUACUGAAAAAAAAGUAUCUCAAUAAAGACAUCAUCCUGAAAAAGAAAAGCUGAAAGGGGUCCUCCAUGCAGCUUGGAAUUCGAGACACAGGAACAGUGAAAUAAAAAUAUUUUUCUAUAUAAAUUUAACCAAUUAUUUUUUUAUGUUAAUUGCUUAAAUUUGCAUUUAAUACGGACGAGGGCAAGUCAGGGCACAAAAGUUUGCAAAUUCUCUCUAAAGCGUGAUAAAUUCCCUCAUGAGAUGCUCUCAUUAUUCAUGAGCUGGAAAUAUUGGGCUUCAUCUGAGAAAUGGCGUUGAAAAACUUAUAGUUUAUGCAUGGAAGAGAACUUUGUGUCACACCUUCUACGUCGCCAUUUUUCUCAGAAAAUUUUCCAAAAAAAAUGACAAAAAAAGAAUUGUGAAACAAUAAGUUGUGAUAGUUUCAUUGAAAUAAAGUGUUGAUUCUAUUGCUUGGAAAUUUUAAGCCCAAGCUAAGAAUUGAUAAAAAAGGUUUGUUGAAGAGAAAACAUCCUCUACGCCUUCGUUUUUUCUUGGAAACUAGCUUCAUUUCUGAAAAAAGAUAAAAAAGAGAAAAAUUGGCUCAGUUCAGAUUUUCUCUGAAUAUUCUUCAGGAUGAGUUUUUUUUGAUUCAUUCAAAACUUUCUCGAAAAAAAACUAUUGAUUUUCUCAUUACAGCCAAGGCGUUCUUGUCAGCAGCACAGUCUUCUCGUCGAGGACAAAGCGACCGUUUUGGCUUCUCUCCGGGAACAACUACCCAACAUGUCGAUGUUACAUCGGCACGAGACCGCGUGAGUAUUUUUUUAUUUGAAUCCAACAAAAAUUGAAUAAACGACCCGUUUUUUUUGAGAAUAAAUGUUGAUUUAGACUGGCUUUUCUGUAUGUGAUAUUAUUAAAAAAAUCUGCGAAUUUUUGCGGAUUAUGGUUGCUUAUUUUUUUGAUCCUCACUCGUAGAACCGGGAUCAGUUGAAGGGUAUGAAAACGUUUUUUUUUUUUUCAAUCAGUGCCUUUUUAAAAAUCAUUCCAUCAAAUUGAAUGAGUCUUACGUUUUUUAUUUUUGGGAAGAAAAACGUUUUGUGUAAUUUUAGACCAUUUUUUGAGUCUAAAGAAAAUUCAGCUUUCUAACUAUUUUAAUUAUGAACCGUUUCGAGACAUUGAAAACUUUACAAAAUUACCCUUUCGAGUAUUCGCAAGGUCUUAAUAUCGCUCAAAAACAAUUUAUAUGAAAUUUUUCUGUUUCUUUUUUUAAUAUUUUAAAGCACCAAAAAAACACCUAAAACGUGUACUUCUCCUGGUAAUCCUUUGAGUUUACUCAGCCAAAAACCUCAGAACCUCACUGAUUCACACGAAGCAGUGGCAAAAAAGAGGCGGCCGACCUUUUUCCUAAGAGAAAAAACCGUGUUCCGACGUGUGUGGCACAACAAAUGCGCCGUUAUCUGUGUACCCUCGUGUUAAUGACGCGAUAGCGUUUUCACAAGUGCGCGGGCCGUUCUUUCCUCAGCACAACGACUCCUUCCAGUUGUUUUUUUUUACUCUGAGCUGUCACCCGGCUGUCUUCUAUGGAUGAAUUUUUGUGAGUUUCCGGUUGAAAGCUCUUUUUGCUUCCCAAACUUUGAGCAGCCUGUGAAACGGAUUUUUUGAAGAAAAUAACAAUAAAAAUUGAAAAAAACUAUUUUCAGUCCAGUCUUGAGAUGAAAAAAAAAUAACGUAGUUUUUUUGAAAGCCUUUUUUUGGUUUUAUGAUUUUUCUAAAAUAGUGAUAACAGUUCGUUAAGGCUUUAAAAGUGUUUAGGAUUGAUAUAACUUACCGGUCAAGGGAAAAAAAUCUCUUCAAAACCAACAAUCAGAUCAGAUGAAAGUAACUGUGAAGAAAAUUUCGCAUUUGAGCAGAAACACCUCGGUUUUUUUUAAUCAAAAUCUUAAGAGCCUUCUGUUAUUUCUUUUUUUGCUUUCACAUUUUACGAUAGCCUAAAGAAACCUCUUAAAAACGCUAAUUUUUACACAUUAUUUCCAUUUUUCUAACCUUCCUUUUCCGCCUUCUGACCCAGGAACCAGAUCAAUUUUCCAGUUUUUAGAAGUUUUUAUUGACAGUUCACCUGACUGGACAGAAUUUAGGAACGAGUUCUGUUCGAAAUAGGCCAACAGAACGGCUGACCAAAAAUAUGAUAAUAUGGAAAAUCAAGGUAAAAUUUUGAAGAGGCUAAUCUGUUUUCAAAGGGAGAAAAGGAAUUUAGAACAGUUUGUUUUUGAGUUUUCCAACCAAAUAUUGAGGCAAAUUUGAGUAUUUCUGCAGCUGCUGUGAUAAGAAAUGCAGCCGCUUGUAUGGUCAUUGACCUUAUAUCAUUCCGUCAUGUUCUUCCUGUUUUGAAAGAGAUUAGGGCCUUUAAAAACUGUAGGUUUUCGUAGAAUCUUGCACAAUUUCGACUCUCACAAAAAAGGAAAAUGUCAGUGAUCCAAAGUUCUGCACUUUCAACGUCCAGCAAGCGUUUUAUUAACAUAUAAAUGAUAGGAAUUAUUGAAAAAAAAAACAUCCAAAAUCUGUUUUUUCCGUUUAGUUCACCUUCGACAUGCAACAGCCUGGCAAACAUCGGUCUUUCGCAGAUCAGCGUUCCUCUCGCUUGGAACAGCGACCAACACUUCAAAAGCAAAGGAGGUUCGAAUUUUGGAGCUCCGAGGGUGUUCCCACAGGUUAUUGUGGUUGCGGAAGAGUAUUGGCUGACUUACUGACAAAGAGUACGGCCAUGAGCAAAUACGGAGGUCUUUGAAGUCUCCGAGAAUCAGAAUUAGUUUUCUUGAAGAAAUCAAAUGUUUUGAGACAACAAUUUACGGAACUUUUUUCAAAAAAACUCUCAAACAUUUUCGUUUCUUUGGAAUAUUUUUGCAGUUCUAACCAAAACUGGAUCUUUUAGAAAAAGGGUUAGAAAGCAAAAAAUAGGCGUUUUUUUCUUAAGUACACACUUGUUUUGCGUCAAUGGCUUCUUGUAGGAACAAGUCUAUUUACCAAGAGAGUAGAAGCUUCACAGAGAAAAAUUAACGGAUAAACUAACGAGCGUUUCGAGACGAAAAUUUUCCCGAUUUUAAGCUCGGCAAUCUUGAAAUCAGAAGCAUGAAUACAGCGAAAAAAAACAAAUUGAGAAUUUUUUGAAAAUUGAGAAAAUGGGACAAUUUUAAUUACCAUUUUGAAGCUUUUUGUUUCUCAACUGAAAGAACUCUUGAGUAUGAAAGUUUCCGUGAAAAAAUUCAAAUAUUCAAAAAUAAGGUCUAUGAUUUUCAGAAACUGGCCUUUCGCUGCGGCGUUUUUUUUCUUCAGAAUCUUCAAAACAGGCAAAAAUCUCUUCGAGAUAAAUAAAUAUUACUGGUUUACUAGUCCAAUCUGAAUUAAUUAGGUUCUGAUUUCAAUACAUCACGAAAAGCACUGUUUUUAUUCGAAUUUCUUCAGAUUGUCGGACAUACUCCAUGUUCCUAGCGCUAAGAACGCGGAACCAAGUCGUCGACACGAAAAUCAUUACGAACAUCGACCGAACGAUGACCGACGUUGUUAUCAACGAAUCUUUCGUAUUGUAAGAUAAUCAAAGUUUACGAUGAAAAAAAAAACGGAAUUUCAGUGAGAACGAACCAGAAGACUUUGUAGUUGAAGUGAGCAUUUUUGCGGCAAGGACCGAUUAUGGGCCGAUGGAUGGCGGGGACAGUUUGAGGAGCAAAAUCACGAGAUCUCUUGGAAGGAAGUUCGGAUCGAGCGUGGUCAGUCGUUAUUUUUUCCAUAUUUGGAAAUCCCUUAAUGAAUUCGCAUCACAUUUUGUGUCAAUAAAUUUGUAUUAAUGAGCUUUUUGUCUUCUGAAAAAACGAACGGUGUCUAUAUUUAUGACGCACAUACCCAUUGCUUCUUAAGCGCAAUUAGAGAAAUUUGUACAAAUUAUUCUUCAUUUUGCAUCAGGAUAUUUUUACUUAAAGCCACUUUUCAGAAAAACAACCUCUCCAGCGCUGACAAACGAACCGUCCGAGCUGAGCCCUCAAUCGGAGGAACUUAUUUCAAUUUCCUCGCCAGAGCCUACUUGGCCAUCACUGAUGCUGGCGACAACAAUACAGUUCAUGAUCUCAAAUCUCAAGCUUUCGGUCAGUUUUUUUCCUUCAAUUUUGAAAGAAAGCUGAUUUUAGCUGAACUCUCGGGUCCUCCGCUCUAUGGAAAUGUGGUCUGUCGCUUGGCCGUUCUUCCUCAUUCAGUCCAAAGGCCUUUAGCCGAAGGAGUCGUCACAGUCCAUCAUUUGAAUGAGGACACUUACCUCAAGAAUGUCUUUGUGAAACUUCAGGUUAUGAGAGAAGGAGUCUCAUUUUAUCAUUUAUCAGUUUUAGGCGGGUAAAAUGCAAUGUUACACGAUUGGGGACAUCACACAAGGCGCUUUGGAUAUCCGCCUAGUUGUACCGUUUUCCAAGGUGCAGAAUCAAUUUUUCCAAUCAGAAAUUCAUUUUUUUUUAUUUAAGAGGACAAGAAUUGUUGCCAGCACGGAUCCUUGCUCUCUGAUGAUCGUCACAGAAGAAUCAAGGACAGUUGAAGCUUCAGAAGUUCUAAUAAUCGCCGAUGGAGCUCGAGCCCUCGACAGCUGGAGACAAGCUUUGAUCAAGCAACUCGAUGAAAUAAGUAACCUUUUUAUAUUUUUUUUUAUCAACAGCUUUUUUUUUAGUAAUUUGGGGAAAGUUUGCUCUGGCGCCCAUGAGCCUGGUCUUCGAGAAACAAGAAGAUCCGGUUAAACAGACCUUGAGCCGGGCAACUGGAGAUCGACUGUAUGACAAGAUCAGUGUUUGUGGUGAGUUUCAAAUUGAAACAUUGAAACUUUUGGCUUUCGCUUCCAAAUUCUAACUUGAAGUACCUUGUCAACUUAAAAUUACUUAUUUCCGAACACCUUAUUGAUGAAAAAAUAUCAUCUUUCAAGAAAGUUUGUUUCAAGGGAGCAUAUCGAGAGGAACUCUGAAGUCGAUUGGUCCGCCAAUGAGUUUGGCGCCGCCAGAAGCCGGACGCGGCGCCACAGCGCCCGUCAAACGUCAGAAACAGCGCGCCAACGUGAUUGACCUGUUCCAGGUAACUUUCGUUGUCUUUCCAUAAUUAACCUUCAAAGUGAAAAAGAAAAAAACCACGAUUUUGUUUUAGGCAACGAAUGGGGCUGCGAAAAAUGAGGGAAAAGACGAUCAACAAUUUGUCCUCCAAUUGAACAUCGGCGAUGGAGAGAGAAUCCAGCCAAAACACUCACCAAAAGGUUGAGUUGGAAAAUUCACAUUUUGAGUGUUUUUGGAAUGAAAAUGUUAAUCUCGAGAUUUGUUGUCUGCAAUUUGUUCUUAAAUUUAAAAAAGGUUGUUGAAAAAAUCGAUUCUUCCAAACGACUUCAGUUGCGCAAAUUUUCCUCUUAGCGAGGUUAUUGGGCGACAAUCAAGUUUUUAUCAGUUUGAAACCUUGUUAUAAUUGUUCAAAACGAAAAAAAGGAGGACUGAUGCGAUAACAUAGUUUCAUUCUUCACAUUAAAAAUUGAAAGGUUCGAAUAAUUUCGUGUCCAAAAACUUAGAAAUUAACUUUGAAAAAUAAAUCCAGACAAAGAGAAAAAAAUAAAUUUAUCUUCACACUACCAGACUAUUUUUUUCACAGCAAACUUCCGAUAACUCAUCUUUGAAAAAAAGGUAGGGAAUUCAUAAAAUUGUAGUUGGCAAAAAAAUUUUUUUAUGAACACUCCUUUAUUUCUUCAUAACAUGUUUACUAUCAGGUGAUAACAAGACAACAACCUUUGAAGAUUAGAAAAUGGGUGAAAAAGUCAUAUGAUGAAUUUUUUCAAAAUAGUGACAAACAAAUUUUGACAACUUUCUCAUGCUCCAGAUUCUGAUUUUUUGAAUGAUUAAUUUUUUUAUCGAUUUUACUCUUUUUCAACUCAGUUGCAAAAAUAUAAAAAAAGGGUUUUAAUCAGGUUUUUCUUUGAUGUUUCUUGCUGGAGCUGAUUUUAAUCCAUUAGGGCCACCAUUCCCCCCCAUCCCAGAAAAACUUCUCAAUUAUAAAUUUUUUUGAGAGCCCAAAACUAUGGAAAAAAAUGAAAAAAAGGCAAAACUUCGAAAAAUUUCAGUUGAAAAAGGAAUUUGUUGAGAUCCGCAUUUUUUUGUCGAAGAAUCGUAAUCUUUAAAGUGAUUUCUCUCAGAUAGUCAUUUUUUGAACUAUAUUUGUUUCAGAAUCCGUCUCUUCCUACAGACCCAAAGCCCCAACUAUCGAAAUACAUCCGCCCGUAAAAACAUCGCCACACAGAGGACUUGCUUCAGCCAACGUUUGUUUUUCAACUAAUUUUUUUUUGUGUUCCACUAGUUCGACUCAUAUUUUUGCUCAAAGGCACGCAGGAAAAUUGGACUAGCUUGAAAAGACGUAGUUUGGAACCAAAUAUUGGUCUUUACUAGGAUUUCUAGAAAUUUUGAGAGUCUCGGGGAAUUUUUCUUUUACAAUUAUGAGCUCACUGACGGAGCAUUUUGAGCAAUCGAAAGCGCGUAUAUACAUAGAUUUUUUUUAUUUGAAAAGCUGCUAUGAACAUGCCAUUUAAUGUAUAAAAGUCAAAAAUGUAAUUUUUUCAAACUUCAGGACGGAAAAAAGAGCUGGUCGCGAUCUUUGGGAGCCAUGAUCGGAAGAAAAAAACGAGUCCAUCUCAAAUCACCCGUCUUUGAAUUUUUUGUUCUACACAAAAUCUGUUGUUCAAAUAUAAUAUAUACCUCCAUAAUUCUUUUUGCAAUUUUACUGACAGUUUUUUUAUUGAAUGCAUAAUAAAAAAAUUACCAUUUUUUUAUAGAAUUCCUUAUUUUCGUGAUGUUCCUGAACAAAAAUGGAAACGAAAAAAAUUUUGCAACCAAUGUCUAUUUACUGUGACUAAAACAGGUCGGUCGCACAAAGAAUGGCUGAACGAGACAAGAAUGCCAAUGAAAAAAAUAAUAGAUCCUGCAGAUUUAAAGAAAAAAAUUGAAAGGAAGAUCAAAAAAAUGUUGCCUACCGGUUAGAAAUGAUCCACAAACCGCUUUAAUGAAUUUCCCUCCAAAUGUAAAAAUUAAAAUUUACUGGAAAUCAACUUUAAUGCUAAAAAAAAGCUUUUCCUUUCUCAAAAUGCCGGACGCAACUAACUUUUCGAGCCUGAAACGUUUUGAAACUCUAUGAUUAUUCCAAGCAAAUCCUCUUUUUCAAGCUUACACUUUACAAAAAUGUUUCUGCAUAACACUAUAAAUUCGAUAAGUUUAUUAAAUUCGAUAACCCGUGGACGUUACGAAAUUUGAAGAGAACAAAAAUUUAUUCACGGUACCAGUACACGAGUUGAUCAUCUUCGGGCAGGAAUAUUUUUAAAGGAUCAUCGCGUUGUAGAAAUAAACCAGUUGAAUUAUGAACCAUAGUGUGGGAAAUGGACUUGAAAACAGCGAUCUUUGCGUUGAAUUGAUAGAUUUGAAGAGAAGAGACCUUCAAAAAACAGCGCUUUAUAAAUACUGGCUGGUGGUCGGACGACUAGAACAUGGAGGGUCAAGUGAGUGAACACCACGUGAAAGACAGACAUACGGCUGACGCCACUCCGGGUAAACAGUGCUUUUUUCGGUUGUUUUGGCGUCAACCACUAAACAAAUUAGACAUGUUCAAUUGGAGAAAAGCGUUCUUUUUUCAAAAUUUGUUGGAAAACUACUAUACUGAAUGUUUUUCAAGCAAUGAGAUGAAAAAUGAUGAUCAUUUUGUUCUGAGUUGAAAGAAUUUUUUAGAAACCUCAAAAGUCGGAAUAUGCGGAACUUUAAACUUCAAAAAUGAGGCAAACCUCAAGCCCCAAGAAGAGCUUGCUGUUUCAGAAGAGCCGUUUCGGCGGUCUCGAGGUUAUUUUCUCAAAAUCAACAUUUCAGGCUUUCUAGGUCUUCACUGGGUAUAUCAAAAAAAAAGUGUUCUGGUCAAUCUUUGAAAGGAUCCCGACCAAUUACGCCUCUUCUGCUUCGAAUAGAGAUAAUGAAGCAAGUGGAUAAAACUUGAAUGCAUGAAAAAUAAUAAUGAACACAUUCAAUAGGAACAAGGGAUUUUAGGGAAAACCAGAAAAAGCAACAAGCUUCGUUCUGGUUGAUGAAAACCAGAGCUAUUUAAAAAAGUCCUAUUAAUAUACCGGUCUUUGGCGAGAUCGGUUCAAAAUCUGCAAAAUAAGUCUCACAAGUUAUUUAUGUGAGCUGAACUUCGGAAAUUUAGCCCAAACUUCUGCUGUAGGUCCUAGGUAUCAAAAUAAAUCGUCUGCCAAACGCCAUGGGGCACUGAGAAACAGCCCGUCAAAAAUGUACCAAAAAGGUUAAAAAAUGAUUUUCCUUGCAUUAAAAAAAGUUUCUCUCUCGUGUUUUUUAUGGUAUAGAAGCCUACAGAUAAUGGUUAAGAAACCGAAAACCCGGAAAAAUCAGUUCUUGGCCGUUUUCCACAUCUUUGUCGUUAGAUACUUCUAUGUUAAGUUUUUUUUAACUUUGAUCUGGGCUUCAGAGAAAAUGAAGAAGUUAACCAACAAACCUUGAUAAAAAGUUGCCACAUGGCCGCGUUAUUGUGGGCUGUAGAGUCCAACAGUUUAACCCGUAAAAAGUGGAACAACUGUCCGUCUCUCAGAUUAGAUGAAUCAUUGAUCCAUUGUGCAUACUCGUAUGACAAUGUAGCUAUGAGAUACCUUUUUGAAAGCUCUUUUCUUCUUUGUUUUUUUUAUAUAAACUACCUGAUCAAAUAUUUUUUUUCUCUAUAAUAACUUAUAAAUGUUUAUAUCAGUAACAGUUCAACACUUUUUUGCCCAAUAUUUCUGAAACUGGUCGUUUGUAUUUGUAAAAAAAUAGUUGGUAAAAUUUCAUUUUCUGGAAAAAAUCAGUUCAAAAAUAUAUCAGAAAAGACAUCCAGGGGAAUAACUCUUUUUUCGACUUUUUUUGACGCAACGGUAACCCCAAACCUGAAUUUAUGCACUUAUAAAAGGUAAAAAGCCUAGAAAGCUCUUUCGAUUCCUUACCAAAGGAUCUGGGAAGCCAAACCAAUGAAACUAGCUCUUCUUACAGUUUCAAUGAGACUUUUCCAAAUUAUGAGCGCUGCUUUCUUCUCAGACCUUUUCGAAAACUACUCGGUACAGACUUCGAAUCUGCUUGAAGAAACAACGGCAUCUUGAAAUAUAGUCUCAUUCAAAGGUCCAAAGCGAUUCUUUAUGGUAGUUUAUACUUUGCUAUUUCCCGUGAGCAAGGUGGGGCUUUUUUCUUGAGCAAUCGAGCCAACUCAUUAUGAGAGAGCAGAAACCACAAUCAAGGACUAUAAGAACCUCUUGAGGAGGCUCUGAGAUGACGCUAUCGCCCCAAUUAGGACGCCAUAUUGGCGUUGUCGAGCUCUUCCUAUCGGCGUGUGACCUGCGACCUCCUCCUCUUCGUAUCAAGAUUUAG